AUGCCUGAAUCCACUUCUAUCACACCAGCCCUCGAUCCCACCUAUAUCAGAAGAAGCCCAAGAUGUUUAUUGAUGCUGUACAAUCAAUUCAAUGUUAUAGCAGAUGUGUUACAGGCACGACAGGAGGUGAUCGUAGAAGCCCUGGAAAUUAUGGCAGAGAAACAGAACAGAAAGAAUUACAGAGAGUGGAGUCUGAAGUGGAGAGAUUACUUGAUGGCAACAUUCGAAGAAGCCGAUGAGAGCGAAAACAAUUUGAAGGAGCUUCUAGAAAGUUGGGAUGAAGAAAAGGUCGCACAGGCAUACAUGGAAGCGUCUGGAAAAUCGGACAAGGUUCGGAAUGAGAAGACAGGAAAAUGCAAGAGGGCGGAAGAUGGAGCGGAAGAGGAAGAGCAAGAGGACGGAAGACGAGCGGAAGGGGAAGAGCAAGAGGAUGAAAGACGAGCGGAAGAGGAAGAGCAAGAGGAAGCCGGAGAAGGAAAUAAGAAGCGCAUGGGCAGGAGAAGUAGACGCAAGAUUAUUAUCGAGGACGAGUCGGAGGAUUUGGAAGAGGAUGAGGCCGGUGUGGACUUGGAGGGUUCAAUACUCCUGGAGUAG